AGGGGGUCUACUGGCAAGAAGGAGGCGAGGCGGCAAGUCCACACGGAAGCCCAUGUUCCUGGAGCCUGGGACUCCGGUUGGAAGCCCGGCACACUCCAGUGUGUUCCUGCCUUGACGGCCUGAUGUGUUGGGCCCAUCACUUGAUGUGACGGCUGGAUAUUCUCAUACUUUAUAGGCCAGGCAGAGGGUCUCGUGAUGAGGCUGUGACAUGUGCUCGAGCCUUUUCUCUCUUCCCCACCUGCACACACGGCCCGGGCGUUACUGAAGAUGGCGGAAGCCCACCAAGCCGUGGCCUUCCAGUUCACGGUCACCCCAGAUGGGAUCGACCUGCGGCUGAGCCACGAAGCCCUGAAGCAGAUCUACCUGUCUGGACUUCAUUCCUGGAAAAAGAAGUUCAUCAGAUUCAAGAAUGGCAUCAUCACCGGCGUGUACCCGGCCAGCCCCUCCAGUUGGCUCAUCGUGGUGGUGGGUGUGAUGUCAACCAUGUACGCGAAGAUCGACCCCUCGCUGGGAAUAAUUGCAAAAAUCAAUCGGACCCUUGAUACUAGCGGCUACAUGUCCAGCCAGACGAAGAACGUGGUCAGCGGCCUCCUGUUCGGCACGGGGCUGUGGGUGGCCCUCAUCAUCACCAUGCGCUACUCCCUCAAGGUGCUGCUGUCCUACCACGGCUGGAUGUUUGCUCAGCACGGCAAGAUGAGCCGCGCCACCAAGAUCUGGAUGGGCAUGGUCAAGAUCUUUUCAGGCCGCAAGCCCAUGUUGUACAGCUUCCAGACGUCUCUGCCACGCCUGCCGGUCCCUGCGGUCCAGGAUACUGUGAACAGGUAUCUGGAAUCGGUGAAGCCGCUCAUGAAGGAAUCGGACUUUAAACGCAUGACGGUUCUCGCGCAAGAUUUCGCCGUCAGCCUCGGACCAAAACUGCAGUGGUAUCUGAAGUUGAAGUCCUGGUGGGCUACAAACUACGUGAGCGACUGGUGGGAGGAGUACAUCUACCUGCGGGGCCGGGGGCCCCUGAUGGUGAACAGCAACUAUUAUGCCAUGGACUUGCUGUACGUCUUACCGACACAGAUUCAGGCGGCGAGAGCCGGCAACGCGAUCCACGCCAUCCUGCUGUACCGACGGAGACUAGACAGGGAGGAGAUCAAGCCGAUUCUGCUGCUGGGAUCCACAGUCCCACUCUGUUCCGCUCAGUGGGAGCGGAUGUUCAAUACUUCGCGGAUCCCGGGAGAGGAGACGGACACCAUCCAGCACAUAAGGGACAGCAAGCACAUCGUCGUGUUCCACAAAGGCCGUUACUUCAAGGUCUGGCUCUAUCACGACGGCCGGCUGCUGAAGCCCCGGGAAAUCGAGCAGCAGAUGCAGAGGAUUUUGGACGACCCCUCGGAGCCCCAGCCCGGGGAGGCCAAGCUGGCGGCCCUCACCGCGGGAGAAAGAGUCCCCUGGGCCAAGUGUCGCCAGGCCUAUUUUGGCCGCGGGAAAAAUAAGCAGUCCCUCGACGCCGUGGAAAAGGCCGCGUUCUUUGUGACGCUGGAUGAAACCGAGCAGGGGUACAGGCAGCAAGACCCGGAUGCGUCGAUGGACUCCUAUGCCAAGUCCCUCCUCCACGGCAGGUGUUAUGACAGGUGGUUCGAUAAGUCUUUCACGUUCAUCGUCUUCAAAAACGGGAAGGUGGGCAUGAACGCGGAACAUUCCUGGGCCGACGCGCCCAUCAUGGGGCACCUGUGGGAGUACGUCCUGGCCACUGACUCCUUUCAGCUGGGUUAUGCCGAGGACGGGCACUGCAAGGGCGACCCCAACCCGAACAUUCCGUACCCCACCCGGCUGCAGUGGGACAUCCCGGAGGAAUGUCAGGAGGUGAUCGAGACUUCCCUGAGCUGCGCGAGUCUUCUGGCCAACGAUGUGGAUUUCCAUUCUUUCCCGUUCCACCCCUUCGGCAAAGGACUCAUCAAAAAGUGCCGGACGAGCCCGGACGCCUUUGUGCAGCUCGCGCUCCAGCUGGCGCAUUACAAGGACAUGGGCAAGUUCUGCCUCACGUACGAGGCCUCCAUGACCCGGCUCUUCCGAGAGGGGAGGACGGAGACCGUGCGUUCCUGCACCACGGAGUCGUGCAACUUUGUGCUCGCCAUGGUGGACCCCACCCAGACGGUUGAGCAGAGGCUCAAGUUGUUCAAGGUCGCCUCCGAGAAGCACCAGCACCUGUACCGCCUGGCGAUGACUGGCUCCGGGAUCGACCGUCACCUCUUCUGUCUCUACGUGGUGUCCAAGUACCUGGCCGUGGAUUCCCCCUUCCUGAAGGAGGUCUUAUCGGAGCCUUGGAGAUUAUCAACCAGCCAGACCCCUCAGCAGCAGGUAGAGCUAUUCGAUUUGGAGAAGAAUCCAGAGUACGUGUGCAGCGGAGGGGGCUUUGGACCGGUUGCGGACGAUGGGUAUGGGGUGUCCUACAUCCUCGUGGGCGAGAACCUCAUCAACUUCCACAUAUCUUCCAAAUUCUCCUGCCCUGAGACCGACUCGCAUCGCUUUGGGAAGCACCUGAAACAGGCCAUGACUGACAUCAUCGGUUUGUUUGGGUUCAGCUGCAACUCCAGAAAGUAAUCCCACGAGAGCCACCGUGAAGGAAAACGAGCUCUGCUGAUAAAAAACCAAAUGAAAAGUAGCUGUUGCUCCUGAUUAUAGUUCGGGGUGAAAAAUCGCUCAAGAAACCCAGAAGUUUUCCUUCCCGCCCGGGGUUUGGUGGUGUUGUUUCCUAGAACAGCCGUCUUCACCCUGUGAAGUAUAAUCCCACUACUUCCUGGCAGGUCCUGACUUUGGGAAUGUUUGAUAAGGUGCCCCCCCCCCCCCCCCCCGCUCUGCAGCCCCACUGCGUUUAUAUACAGGAUAAAAAUCUGGUUGAGCUAGUUAAGGGACUAGUGGGGUUGUGACUUCACCCGUGGGAAAUGACAGUGGCAUGUUUCCUCGGUGGGGACCGAAUACCUGGUCCUUAACGGGCAUUUACUUUUUUAUCAGAGCUUUUUUUGUGCAGAGAGAGAAGCGUUCCAGGCAGAGAUGUUAGACUGUUCGUAGUCGACGCAUGUAUAAUGCACUAAUGGAAGCCUUGUGCUUUGGGAACCAGUUUUGUGUCCCUGUGGGUAGUAACUCUGUCCCCGUCUGGCUUGGUAGUCUGUGUGUGCCUCUCCGUGUCUGAAGCGAGUUAGCAUCCCGUAUUCUGUAGUUUUUACUGACCCUGCAAGUCUUCAAACCCAGUGCCUUAAAAACGCGAGGCCCUAACGAAAGGGAGACCGUAGGAAAGAUGUGCUCUGCAAACCUUCAGGUGGAAUGGUGAGCGUCUUACUCCUUUCUCGUUUACGGAGCGGAUAACCCUGUAAAUAAGCGCUUCCUGUGGCUUCCCUACCCCUAGAAAGACCAGUUUCCUUGGGAGGGCAGCUGGCCUAGAGCCCUCUCUUCGGCCCGCCUUCCUUGCAUCAUUAAGCGACAAAAGAAAGAGUGUGCAUGGAGGACCCCUCUCCUUUCCAGCCGAGAUGCGGGGAGACGGGAACAGGAGGCCACGCCAUCUCGGUGACCCGCCACGCGUCACCGGUGACAGGUGCUAAGUUUAACGUAGCCUAUCCUUCGGGUGGGAGUGCCUUUAUGGAGAGAGUCUGAUUGACCACAAAGCGAUUAUGCACUGAAUCGUCUUCCGUAUUUAAUGUAACCCUUAAGGAUCAUGGAAUGAAAUAACCCACUGCCUCUGGGCGGUAGUGACAGGCUCAGCUGUCCCGUUUUUAAAACUGUGUAUUUAUUUUUCUGACCACUUUGCUCCGGUCGGGCUUGCUUCUGUAAAGAGUCGUGCACUCCAGUGAUACAAUGGCCAGGCUGAACUGUUGGAGGAGACAGGGCGCUUGCUUGCAGAGCACAUGUAUUUAUGUAUGUGUUUUCAUGCAAAAUUCCCACCUACGUGGGCCAAAGAGUUGUUUUUUUUUUUUUUUUUUUCUCUU